AUGAUGAAUCCUUCUGGCUCUUGCAAUGGAGAAUCCGAAGCAUUCAAAGGCUUCCUUUGCCACAAUUCUAUUUACGGCCGUUGUUUCGAUCGUGUUCCCUUCGAGAGCACACUUUGCAAGGUUUGCAUGGACUGGGAGUGUAGGGGCGAUCUCAAGGACUGGCAAACCCCUCCCCACUCUCCCAACAGCCUGCCUUCGCCUACCUACUCGGAGCUAGGGGUUUAUCCCUUCCCUCCAGCCCCCCCUCAGGUUGAAGCUGGUUCUACAGCUACACCUACUCUAACAACCACCAAGGAGCUUACGCCACCGUCAAGCGAGCAGAAUAAACCCUCGACUCCUAAGUCAGAGCCCACCGUAUCUAGCAGCACUGGUGUCGGGGGGGUAAAGCACCCAGGACCAGUUUUCAACCGCUGCCGCAUCAUCAAUAUCUACAGCUGUUCUGGGCCUCGCGAUUGGAUGCGGGAGCUUCGGUGGACGAGGGAUGAUCUCAAUGUUUUCCAUAGAAGCCCUACCUCCGAUCCAAUGAAGCUGGACGACUCUAACGACGAUUUUGAUGGAUGCUCUUCGCUCCACCUUGGCCGUCCCACUUCAGGUGGACAAGCUUUAGGCGACGACCUGAUCAGCAUCGACGACUUUAUCCUUGAUGAGUCAGACCCUCGCCACGAUCACCGCUUGUUCGGCAUCGAUAAUGAGAAGCGGCCUUCAUUGGUCCAGCCCAUGACCUGGGGCCCUCGCGGUGUCUCUUCUCAGUCAAGCCGUCCGUACGACCUCGGCUUCGGCUUCGACCUGGGGCUCGGCGACGACAACAUAUCCACCCGAACUCCUCGCUACUGCCGCGAUACGACAGUCGAUCAGUCUCUUCCCCUCCAGGGCAGCGCUGGAUCCCGGCGAGCCUCCAAAAGGACCCAUAACGUCGACGGCGGUGAUGACAUCCUUUCCUCGUCACUCCGUCAAACAAUCCAGACCUCCUCUGGAACCUCUUCUUCCCGCAAUCAUCCCUAUUCUGGCCUCUGGAAAGGCUCAGAGAGCCGUCAUGACCCUAGUCUUUCUCCACGAAUACCUCAAAUUCGUGAGCCGCAGGAGUUCGAUGUUGAUGAGAUCAACGCCCGGCUUGAGAGCUUGCAGAGUCUGAGCGAUGAUCCUCCUUGGUAUCCAAACCGUCCGCGUGAGGGGUUUUGUGAUGAUACAAAUGAUAAUACUGGCUUUUGUAGGCCGAGUCUUCGUGGAGGAGCGAAUAACCAUGCCCCUGACUCGGCGGCGCGCACGGACGAGAAUGAUGGUAUUGAGUCGGGCUGGUAUGAAGUGACGGCUAAGGACUUGGCUGGCUCCUCGGAUGCUUCUAUAGAUGCUUCGACCAGCUGUUCUUCCUCUGCCAGCACAGAUUCCUCCUCUGGCUCCUCAACUGUCACCAAGGACAACACAUUGAUCUCUGUCCAGACCUAUAACAACCAAGAGCAGCAGAAACCCGAAGAGGAACCUCAGGGUGACAAGUCCGGUCCCCACAGCAGCAUCAACUCAACAGAUACCCAGCUCUCCGGUUCGACCUUCCACACCUGCCACAUCUUCAACGUCUAUACCGGCUUCGCCGGUCCCAACGGCAGCAUCCACCGCUUCAUCGGUGAGCCCUACCCUCACCCUCGUGUCCCUCAACCCCCAAAGGCUAGCUCCUCCGACGAUUACGACGGCCACGACUACGACUCCCUUUCAAACUCCUCCUCCGAUGACAUGCUUCACCAUCCCCCUGUGCCAAUCUACCGCCCCGUCUCCCGCUACCCCCCACCCUUUCCGUGGCCUUACCCUCUCAGGCCCCUUCGUCAAACCUCCUACGGCGUCCCAACAUCCGGUGCUUAUUUCCACGACCCUAGCAUUGCCCGCUUGCGCGCCGUCACUCGUGAGGCUCUCAGCCGCCCUAUGCCUAUACUCGGCACCACCACAGCCCAAGCUCCCUCUCCCAAGAGCAUGCCGAUGACUGCUGGCACGAACGACAUACCCUCUGCGGCCGAGGUUUCUCAUACAGAGAACUUCACGUUCACCGAACACCCAAAUGGGACAGUAACUUGGGAAUGCCGCAUCCCGUUGUUCCAGUCUCGGUCUCCCUACCAAAGCACAUUCCGCCCUUUACAUUCUGGACCCAACGCUGGUCCCCUCGGACCGGAUAUCCCCAACUCGGGAGAGCCCCAAGGUGAGGUAGUCCGUGAUUCAACUGGGGAAUGGACCAUUCACCGUGGUCGCUUCCACCCUUUUUAUCCCUCCCUCAACCCUACCUCCCCCAUCGAGGCCAGAGCGCGCCGCAUAUGGCAGAAAAACCACUCCUUACUAGUUCACCACUUCCAGCGCAUGACCCUCAACUCUACUGAAGACCCGGAGCGGAGGAGAAUUGAAAUGGAAAUGGAGAGGGAGAUUGAACGGCAGAGGAGGAAUAUGCUAGCGAGGAGGGAGAGGGAGGAACGGGAUUGGAUGUCUGAGAUGCAGAGGAGAAUUCAGCAGGGAGUGAGGUAUGUCGGGAGGGUUAGCGAGAGGGGAAGGAGCAGGACGGUUAUGGGUAGUCCCUUCGGGUCGAGACAACGACGCCGUGCGAGUGAUGAGUUGGAUGGAUAUGGGAGUGUCGCACGGGAAUGA